AUGCCGAAUUCCUUCACAAUUGGGCAACCCAAUGCUCGCGAAGCCUCGGCAGGGCAAUUGUCAGACAGCGAGGGAAGCAAAGCGGACUUGGAAUCGAAGCAGCCGGGGGAUAUCCAAGACGAAGGCGAAGGUGAAAAGAAGGGCCUCUUUGCGCGGCCCUGGUCGCGAGGGCAAAUUGGAAUAUUCAGUGCACUAUUGUUCGUGGGACUCGGGUUAGUCGCCAUCAUCAUCGCUCUUCCGAUCAUUUUCACGAGAAAGAAGAAACCGGACCUGGGAGAUACAUACCAUCUGUAUCAUUCGAAUCAUGACGACCCCAGUUACAAGAUCAAGGAGAAUCGUCCCGUCUUCGCCAUCCAUAACUUCCCAGAUCCCGGUCUUCUCGAACACAACGGCACAUGGUAUGCCUAUGGAACAAAUCCCAAGAAGCAUGAUCCGAACACUAUCCACAUCCCUGUGGCCACGUCCACCAACUUUGUCAACUGGACUCUGCACCACGACUAUGACGCGAUGCCAACUCUCGGCGGUUGGGAGCGUAGUGUCAACCACUGGGCACCAGAUGCGAUUCAGCGGGACGAUGGAAAGUUCGUGAUCUACUACGCAGGUCAGACAAAAGAUUUCAAAACACACCACUGCAUCGGAGCCGCCGUAUCAGAAGGCACCGACCCGCUUGGUCCGUACAUACCUCUCAACGAGUCCCUCGCCUGCCCACACAAAUACGGCGGCGCAAUCGACCCAUCACCCUUCAAAGACACAGACGGAACCUUAUACGUCGUAUACAAAGCCGACGGGAACAGCGUAGGUAGCGGAGGAUACUGCGGCAACAGCCGUCUUCCACGAAGCUCCGUCCCUAUAAUGCUGCAAGAGUUGAAAAGUGACGGCAUCACGAAAGUAGGCGAGCCAACGACCAUCCUCAACAUCAACGAUUCCGAUGGACCGCUGGUCGAAGCUCCGGAUAUCAUUCGCACAGCUGAUGGCACGUAUUUCCUCUUCUUUUCGUCGCAUUGUUUCACCUCGCUCGGGUACAAUGUCAAGUAUGCCCACGCCAAGUCCGUCAAGGGACCCUAUACCAGAGCCGGGCGGCCACUCCUGCAGACGACGGAUUUCCGUUUGGAAGCGCCCGGCGGCGCCACAAUCUCGAAGGAUGGGACGAAGAUGGUGUUUCAUGCGAAUUGUGAUGGGUGGAGAUGUAUGUAUGCCUCGGCGAUCGAUAUUCGAGCCGUGAACAGCACGGUCGUCUUGUCGUCUCUCGAGUUCGAGGUUUCUGGGAACAGCACGACGAAUACUAGUUCCAACACCACCUCGAGUGUUUCGUCUUGA